AUGGAUGCGAGCGCUGUUGUCCAUUUGGCGCCGGUGUACAUUGUGCUCCCAACUCCAGAUGCGCCAACGUCUCCGUAUAUUGAGACCAACAGCAAGUUCUUUCCGUUCUUUUCAAAAUGUCGAAUGGUCAUCGACGGGACCCAUAUCCCGGUGUGGGUAACGAGAAGCCAAGCAGCAGCGUUUCAAGGCAGGAAGAGAAUCACUAUGAAUGUUCUUGCAGGCUGCAACUUUGACCUGCAGUUCACGUAUGUCCUGGCGGGCUGGGAAGGAACCGCGUGUGAUGGUAAAGUAUACGCCGAUGCGUUUGACAAGGGAUUGGCCAUGGAUGGCGACAAGUUCGAAAUCACCGACACUGGAUUUGGGCUGACCUUGAAGUGCCUCACGCCAUACCGAGGUACUCGUUACCAUUUGAAGGAGUACGGCAUUGGACGUCUCAAUCCCCAACGAAAAGAAGAGCUGUUCAACUUGCGUCAAGCUCAAUUGUGUAACUGCAUUCAACGCAUUUUCGGCAUCGUGAAGAUGAGAUUUCCCGUUCUGUCCCAUGGCGUCCGGUACGACUACAGCUUCCAAGUGGACCUUGUUCUUGCCCUUGUGCACAAUACACAACUUUAUUCGUACAUGCGGCAUCGAGUGUGA